AUGAUCGCUCCGGUUAACCUCACGAAUGCGGACCAGCUUUCAGAUGCAGAUUCUGAUAAUCGCAAUAAACCUCGCAACAAUGCAGCUACUGGAGCAUCAGCCGCAGGGGUGCGUGCUCUCAGCGCACAAAUGGUAGCAUUCUACUUCAGGGCUCCUGUAAAGGCUUUCUUCCGUACCAGAGUUGACUAUAUGGCAUUUGCCCGAGCGAUAAGUCCUCGGGUGGCUGAAGGGAAGUGGUCUCUUCAUACUACUACACCUGGCUUGCUCGCCCAUGCUGUCCGAACACAUGGCUGGAGAUUUAUUCCUGAUCAGGUCUUGCCCCCUUUACUGGCUAACACAGCGGUUGGCGCUGUUCUUUACACAUCCUAUCUCCAGGUUCUGAGUGCUCUCCAUGAGCCCACAUCCCAGGCAAACAAAAGGAUAUACCCGCCAGCGCCUCCAUCGGAUACAUUUAUUGCUGGAUUUUCCGCCGGAGCCAUACAGUCUGUGGUAGCUGCGCCAUUGGAUGCUCUUCAGGUCCGACUGCGAACCAACGAUAUGUUGGAGGGGCAUUAUAGUAGUAUGUGGGAUUACGGAAGACACAAACUUCGAGAGAUCGGUAUCCGUGGAGUCUUUGCAGGAUGGACAUUGUCUUUCUUGCGGGAUUCUUUUGGAUAUGCUGUCUUCUUUUCUUGCUUCGAAUAUAUCAAAUCGCAGGCAUACUACUCAUAUAUUACCCGCUACUAUGGAUCUCUUCAUCCUGAUCGGGCGCAGCGGGUGGCCUCUUCCAGCACAAACGACUGUACAGUACCAGUUAUUAGGCCGCACUAUGCACUAGAACCGUGCUUCUUGAUGGCCGCAGGAAUCACGGCAUCCGUCAUGCAGCAAGUUGUCCAGCAUCCGCUGAGCAUGAUCCAAAAUUUACACUUCCGACGGCUGGAAUAUUUAGAUCAUCAGGCCAGUUUGAAACACUCCAGACAGCAGAUGAUGCGACACUAUUAUCGCGCCUACCAAGAGACAUUUAAGCGAUGCCGCAAGAAGGCUACUCGGGCUGGAGGAUGGUGGCGAUGGCUCUUCCAAGGGUUUGUGGGCAACACUGUUCGUCAGGUGCCUAGCACCAGUGCUGGCCUUGUGAUAUUCGAGUUAGUGCGGCGCAAAUAUGCCAAUCCAGCUGACGCAGUGCGCAUUAAAAAGGAUGGAUACGACAUCCUCCUAACCUAA